CAGGGUUUGUGGUUUCUUUUGAAACUGACAGAUAUCCAGCGUUUUGCAGGGAAAAAUCCGUCGUCUUUAACAGGAAACUGAAUCGGCAUUAGUUGUUAUAAUAUGAUAAAACUAUUUGAUGCUCACUGUCACCUACAAGACCCUAGAAUCUUUAGCAAGGCACCAAAGCUUAUUAACACGGCUCUAGAGAGUGGCAUACUUCAUUUUGCUGUCAAUGGGGUCUCUGAGAAAGACUGGCACUUGGUUAAGGAGAUGAGUGACAACUAUCCUUCUGUAAUUCCUUCGUUCGGGCUCCACCCGUGGUUCAUCAUGGACAGGACUCCCAACUGGUUGACUUCCUUAAGAGAAUUUUUUGAUGCAAAUCCUUCAGCUGCGGUAGGAGAGAUUGGUUUGGACAAAGGGUCACAUGGAAAAACGAUUGAUUUCAAUGAUCAGGUUGAAACUUUUCGUCUGCAGCUUCAACUUGCUAAAGAGCUGAAAAGGCCGGCUUCAGUACAUUGUGUACGUGCCUUUGGGGAUCUUCUUGACAUAAUGAAAUCCGUUGGUCCGUUUCCUGAAGGUGUAAUCUUGCACUCUUAUUUAGGUUCUGCUGAAAUGGUCCCAGAGUUUGCCAAACUCGGUGCUUAUUUCUCCUUUUCUGGGUUUCUUAUGGCGAUGAAAGAAAACAAGGCAAAGAAGAUGCUGAAAGCAGUACCUUCUGAUAGGAUUUUGCUGGAGACUGAUGCACCAGAUGCAGUACCCAAAUUUAUGAAUUCAGACUCCCUUUUCUCAGUUGAAGAUCAGGAUUCGGUUCCAGAAGGGGUUCAGGCAAGUGAUGGACACCCGAAAGAGAUGCUUAAUCAUCCAGCCAAUAUCCAUUUUGUGCUUUCUUACGUUGCAUCCUUGCUUGAAUUAUCUAAAGAAGAGCUUGCAGAGGUAUCCUACAGAAACGCAUUGCACUUGUUUUCUUAUGCAGGCUCUAAAGUGGCAAAAAGUUAAUUACGCUUUCGACAGUCCUGUAUAAAGUUUACAUAAAUCUUGUCAUAGAUAGCAUGUGUUUUUACUCAUGACACUUUGCCAUAGAAUCCAUAUCAUAUCUGACUAAUGGUAAAGCCUUUGUAGAUUUGUAGCUA